CCCAUAAUCAUCAUCAUCAUCAUCAUGCUGUCCACGGCGAUCAUGAUGGCGCAGGGGAGGAAUUGGGCCGACUCAGCGCCGCUCUGCUCAUCGCCACCGACAGGCAAUCUUCUACGAUCGAGUCAAUCAAGGCCCGACACAGGGCGAAUCACAGUCAAUUUAGUCCACUCUCGCGAACUACUACAGACACCCCGAAGCUGGUACGAAGAAACCAGAGCAGGAAACACAGAGAAUCGAGCGUCAGCAACCGCCCGUCUCGACCCAGCACCAGCGCAGCUCGGUCAAGCUCAAGCUGACCCUCUCUCGCUUAUGCCCUACGCAGCAAGCAUCCCAGGCAGCGUGCCGUUAUUGUUCGCAAGACUCGCGUCAUUGGCCGAAAUAGCAUCGCCAGGAGGACAAACCCCCUCGCCAGCGUCAGUGGCACAAACAUUCAGCAGGCAGCAGCCCUGCGCCAGACACUUCUGCCCGGCCGGACAGUCCGCGUUGGUCGUGCAAACAGUCGCCCCGAAACAGUCUCCGCCGACGAAGCAGAACGAGUUGCCGUCCGGGUCGAGCCCGCAGGCGCAAGUCUGCUCCUCGAAGCAGGGGACGGGGUUGUAGUUUCCGCAGCUGCCGCCAACGCAGGGCCCAGGCGUCACGGUGACGGUGGUGGUGGUCGUCGCGGUGACGGGCACCGUCGAGAUCGGGCUGGGCGCGGUGGUGGUGGUGGG